UCCCACGGAGCCAAUAGAGAAAGUCCAAGGUGCGGUGAAGGCGGUCUAUGUGAGGAAACAAGAAGACAGGCCCAAGAUGGAGGCGGUGGCGGCUGUAGCGGCGUGACAGGAGCCCAAUGGCACCUGCUCAGCCUCAUCUCAGCCCCUCUUGACAAAGUCUUAGGCUCCAUGGAGCCACCACGGGGCCUCCCUGCCAAUGGGGCUGAGCCAUCCCGGGCAGUGGGCACUGUCAAAGUGUAUCUACCCAACAAGCAACGUACAGUGGUGACUGUCCGGGAUGGGAUGAGUGUCUAUGACUCUUUAGACAAGGCCCUCAAGGUGCGGGGCCUCAAUCAGGACUGCUGUGUGGUCUACAGACUCAUCAAAGGGCGAAAGACGGUUACUGCAUGGGACACCGCCAUCGCCCCCCUGGAUGGCGAGGAGCUCAUCGUUGAGGUCCUGGAAGAUGUGCCUCUGACCAUGCACAAUUUUGUACGGAAGACGUUCUUCAGCCUGGCGUUCUGUGACUUCUGCCUUAAGUUUCUGUUCCAUGGCUUCCGCUGCCAGACUUGUGGCUACAAGUUUCACCAGCAUUGUUCCUCCAAGGUUCCCACAGUCUGCGUUGACAUGAGUACCAACCGCCGACAGUUCUACCACAGUGUGCAGGAUUUGUCCGGAGGCUCCAGACAGCAUGAAGCUCCCUCCAACCGCCCCCUGAAUGAGCCGCUAACCCCCGAGGGCCCCAGCCCCUGCACUCAGCACUGUGACCAGGAGCAUUUUCCCUUCCCUGCCUCGCCCAACCCCCCACUGCAGCGCAUCCGCUCUACAUCUACUCCCAAUGUCCACAUGGUCAGCACCACAGCCCCCAUGGACUCGAGCCUCAUGCAGCUUACAGCCCAGAACUUCAGCACCAAUGCUGCUGCUAUUAGAGGUGGUGGUGAUGGAGCCCCCCGGGGGACUCCCAGCCUGGCCAGUUUGUCCUCGGGGAGGAAAUCCCCACAUUCCAAGUCAUCUUCUUCAGAGCAGCGGGAACGGAAGUCCUUGGCUGAUGAAAAGAAGAAAGUGAAGAAUCUGGGGUACCGGGAUUCAGGCUAUUACUGGGAAGUGCCACCAAGUGAGGUGCAGCUGCUGAAGAGGAUCGGGACGGGCUCUUUUGGCACUGUGUUUCGAGGACGGUGGCAUGGUGAUGUGGCUGUGAAGGUGCUCAAGGUGGCCCAACCCACCGCUGAGCAGGCCCAGGCUUUCAAGAACGAGAUGCAGGUGCUCAGAAAAACUCGGCAUGUCAACAUCUUGCUGUUCAUGGGCUUCAUGACAAGGCCGGGGUUUGCCAUCAUCACUCAGUGGUGCGAGGGCUCCAGCCUCUAUCACCACCUGCAUGUGGCCGACACACGCUUUGAUAUGGUCCAGCUCAUCGAUGUGGCCAGGCAGACUGCCCAGGGCAUGGACUACCUGCAUGCCAAGAGUAUCAUCCACCGAGACCUCAAGUCCAACAAUAUCUUCCUACAUGAGGGGCUCACAGUGAAGAUUGGUGACUUCGGCCUGGCCACAGUGAAGACACGAUGGAGUGGGGCUCAGCCUUUGGAACAGCCUUCGGGCUCUGUGCUAUGGAUGGCUGCUGAGGUGAUCCGGAUGCAGGACCCGAACCCCUACAGCUUCCAGUCGGAUGUCUAUGCCUAUGGGGUUGUGCUCUAUGAGCUAAUGACCGGCUCACUGCCUUACAGCCACAUUGGCAGCCGUGAUCAGAUUAUCUUUAUGGUGGGUCGUGGCUAUCUGUCUCCGGACCUCAGCAAAGUCUCUAGCAACUGCCCCAAAGCCAUGCGACGCCUACUGUCUGACUGCCUCAAGUUCCAGCGGGAGGAGCGGCCCCUCUUCCCCCAGAUCCUCGCUACAAUUGAGCUGCUGCAACGGUCACUCCCCAAGAUUGAGCGGAGUGCCUCAGAACCCUCCUUGCAUCGCACCCAGGCUGAUGAGUUGCCGGCCUGCCUCCUCAGUGCAGCCCGCCUUGUGCCUUAGGCUCCCCUGGCCAGGAGGGGGGUGCCAAUCUCAGCCUGCCAUGCCAAGGAGCCCUGCCUACCAGCCAAUCAAUGUUCCAUCUCUGCCUUGAUACUGCCUCAGGACCCCUUUUUUCCUACGCUGGGAAAUGUGGAGGUCUCUUCAUGCUCUUCCAGUUCCUCUGGAAUUGGAGACUUAGACCCCUGUCUCCAUAAUUUUAGUUUCCUCUUAGGGGGAUACUUCUAACUUUGGAGUGCUUCUCUUCCUCCAAUGGCUGGGAUUUGUGGCAAGGAUUCUACUCAGAACCUCUCUGGAAUUUGUGCCUGUUGUGCCUUCACUGGAUUUUGGGGUCCCCAGCACCCCAUGUGGAUUUGGAGGGGUCCUCCUGUGUCUCCCUUGCCAUUCAAAGACUCCCCUCUUUCUUCACCAAGAAGCACAGAAUUCUGCUGGG